ACCCGUCACUGCCAAAGUGACAAAGUGACAAUAUUUUGCUUGACAUUUUUAAACAUUUUGGGUGUUUGCGCUUUUAAACUAAACUAAAAAUGUCGCACGAUUCCGAUUACGUGCACAAACGCAACCACCUCACCAACAUCACACCUGACCAAACAGUAGUCAUCAAAAAAAGUCUUUUUCGCUUCCUUCCUGGCGUCAAAUACGAAGAAGACCAAAAAAUUUCUCCCCCACCAGCUGGGGAAUGGUACCCUUACGUCAAUUCUUACUACCCUUUCACCGAAGAUGUGGAUGCUUACGCUCGUGUAAGUCAUUUACUCGAGUCCAAACGUUCGAUGGACUCUCUCGAUAAAGAACUAACUUAUCGAGAAAUGAACGAGUACUCGGACCGCAAAAUCUACCGACAAUUUUUGCGCAAAAAACCCGUUUCGUUCCUGGUUUUGGGCAAGCCUGGCAUGGGCGAGGAGGAAAUCGGGCGGCGUUUGGCCGAGUAUUGGAAAUGCGUUUACAUCGACCCUUUGACCCUCCUUGAGGAGGAGAUCGCGCUUGAGACACGCGCCGGACAAUGCAUCGAGUUUAACUUGCGAUGUGGGCGAGCUGUCGGUAUUGAUAUUUUGUUGCGACUUUUGACUAAAAAAGUCCAAACUGCGGCGGUUUUGCAUCGAGGGUUUGUCUGCUGUGGCUUUCCUCUAGUCCCGAAUGACUUGUACGAAGAAGACCCGAUUUCCUCCGAAUCUGCCAUUUUCAACGUUCGAGAAAUUUUCGAAGAACUGAUCGACCAAACAAUCCGUUUUACCGAUUUCUCGAACAAAGUUGAAGUUUCAAUGAUCGCCUCGUCCAAGGAAAGCUCGCAACAAACCGAGAAGGAAUCAGUCGAAGGCCCACAAUCGAUGGACGAGAGCGGCCUUAAAAUGUCUCUAGAGUGGAGCAUUGAAAACCAGAUUUGUGGCCCAACUGACAUUUCCACCGACUUGGAAAAACAACUAAACUGUCUUUUCGGCGUUUUCCACGAACCGUACUUGCUCAUUUACAUUUACGGGAAAAACUCCGACGUUAUUACGAAACGGGACAAUUAUUUUUACGACGUUUAUUCCAAAAAUACGCUCGAUAUGCAAAAAAUUAACUUGUUUUACGAGAUUGGAGCCUCGAAUGAGUUUCUGACUGAGGAUUUGUUCGACGGUGGUCGAAACCCCUUUGCGGAAAAUCCCGAUUUGAAACACUUGGUUAAAGUACCGGAAAAUAUGCCGGCUAAUGUGAGUACCCAACUGGAUCAGUACCACACCAUAGCCAACCAAAUCGAUGGGCGAGUGCUAGUCCACGACAUCCAGUAUUAUCUAAAAUUGGACGGCCGUUCCUUCAUUUCCCAAAUGAUGAAUUCUAUUAAAUUACGUCUGGAGGUCUUGCCUUUACAGAAAGCUAUAAUUCCGGAACGCUUUGUUAGUACUUUUCAACUGGUGGGUGAAGGGGUCGAAAUUGAGGAAACCCUGACGCUAGAAGAGGCUUUUUUGAAAUUCUCUAAACAAAACACAAUUGCGCCCAUUUUUAAAUGGUCUUGGUCCGACUGGGGCACUUUGUGCCCCGUCUCCAUGUUCCAAGGGAUUUACCAAAAUGGGUCCCCGAAGUACGCUGUUCAUUUCCUCAACAAACUUUACUUUCUCAACAAUGAGGAUGCGUUGGUUAAGUUUGAGGAAAACCCACGUCCUUAUCUCCUUCCGCCGUUCCCCAAACCUGGCUCAAGAGUCCUAGUUUUCGGACCGCCAGUUUCGGGAAAAUCGGCCGUUUCCAAAUGUUUGGGCUAUUUAUUAAAUUCGCGUGUUCUGACGGCCAGUAGCUUGCACAAGGAAUUUUUCGACCAAAUGGUCAAUGAACAAAAAGAAAGGGUAAAACAGAUGGCGAUUGGCGAAGCUAUGGAGCUUCUAAGAGCGCAGAAAAGCGAUGAACGGGAGAAGAGACUGGAGGAAAGGAAGGAGAAGAUUCAGAAAUGGGAGGAGCAAGUGGUUGAGUUGUUAUCGACUUUGGUCCAGCUUUGGCAGAAGGGAGGCGAGGAAAGUGUUGAGAUUUCGUCGUUUCCGCUUCCGAUGUCUCAAGCGUUGAUGCACAGACGUAGCAUGGACGAGGAUAAGAUGAUCCGUGAAAGUCUAAUCAGUUUGAAUCUGCCGUAUAUUCAGGAUUUGGAUCAUUGUAGCAAGUUUUUGAAAAAUCGUUCCGUACUUUUUGAACAUUUACCGAAGAGUCUUAAGGCGGAGGUUGCCGAAGAGAUACCGUCGAUUUUCGAUUCGUUUGUGCUCGAUUACGUGCAAAGCAAGGUUCAGACGCUGGAUCUUGACGAGAUCAAGCAGAAGGUUCAUGAUAAUGUGUUCGAGAUGUACGCUCGCGGAAUCAAGGCGAGUGAAGAGCAACCAGACCAUGAUGGGUGGAUCGUUGAUGGGAUGACCACCGAUUUGAGUUUAUUGAAGCAAGUGCUUGAGGAGUUUUCCGUGGAUGAUAUAAUCGUACUCGACUGUUCUGACUACGAUUAUUUGUUACAACGGUUCAAGCAGUUUAAGAAGAACCAAAUGCAUUUUCGCAACUUUAGGGAGUUUUUCCUAAAAAUUGGGGAAAAGGACGCAGCUUGGCGUACUCCUUCGGUGGUAUCGACCCUUUCGUAUAAAAAGGAAAUUGUUGAGGAGGUCCUCAGCGAUAUUAUACGAUCAGGCUUCGAUGAGGAAGUUGUCGAAAGUGAAAGAGAAGUCUUAACCGAAGACUAUAAGCAUGAUUUAGAACUAUACCAGAAGGAAAUUGCAGAUGUUAAAGCAUUUUUUGACGAAACCCAAGUACAUGCUAAUUACAUCGAUGUGAAAGACUUGCCCAUUGAAGAUUUGCUCAGAGAAGCAAUUGAUGCGGUUCAAGGACGAUACAGAAGAAAGGCAACUGAAUUCACCGAUGAAGAUCGAGCCGAAGAAAUUCAACAAAUGCUAGCAAACCUGGUUCAAGGUAAUGAGGGUGAAGGCGGAGCAAGUCAAGUUGAUGAUUUCUUGGCCAGAAAUAGACGUUAUGGAGACACUUACUACUACUGUCCUGUCACAUUCACCGAGAAGUUUGUACUUUGGCGUGGCAAAGAACAAUUUGCUGCCAAAUUCAAGGAUACGAUUUAUCUCAUGGCUAAUGAAACGAACUUGAAGAAAUUUAUUAAAUACCCGAGGAGGUACUUGAUCCAGAAUGGUCCAUCUCCGAGGUUUCCACCUCCGAGAAUCUGCAUUGUUGGUUGUGCAGCAAAAGACAGGACUUUGGUUUCCAAAAAACUGGCAAAGAAUUUAGGUGUGCAGUAUCUCAGUUUUAAAACCAUCAAAAAAUCGGCACUUGAUGCCUUAAGUUCGAUCAGCCUUUUGAUCAAUGCGGAGGACCGCGAAGUGCCCGAUGCUCUCACUUUGGAAUUUUUUGACUCAAUUUUCCAACUUGCGUUUUUCGGAAAUGGCUUGAAAUAUAUUGGUUUUGUGUUUGAUGGUUUUCCACAAAGUGCCAAUAACCUCAACUAUAUGGUUUUCCGAGGUGCUAUACCCGACGCUAUCAUUUGUCUAACCCCGAAUUUUGAGAGUUACUCUAAACAGGAAUUGGAAUCGAGUCUUGAAGAAUGGAGGGCCAGGCAGGAGAAACAAAGAAAGGAGGAGGAGAUUAUCAACUCGAUUAUACUUCAAGACUGGGAAGAGAAGCGUAAAGUGCGCUACAACGAACUAAUGGACGCGAAACGACAAAGUCGCUACUCAAAAAAACUACAAGACGAAGUUUUACCGAGAGUUGACGAGGAACCUGAGGUUGGUUUCACGUCUGAUACUCAAGUGAGCUUUGAUUCGGUCACUGAGCAACAAGAACAUGACGAAACUAUGAAAAUUCUCGAUGAGGAGUUUCCUGAGCCGCUCUUGGAGCAGUCCCAAGAGACUGAAGAGGAAUUUAUCGAAAACACCACCAGACAUAUUGAGGAAAAGUACGACAAUUACUUGAAAUUUAUUGAAGAAGUUAAGUCGAUUUGUAACGCUGAACUUAUCCCGUACCACGAAAUCAACACCAGUCAGGACCAAGGCAUGGAUAAAGUCCUAAGACAGGCUUAUAUCAUCGGGAAUGAAUUGAAAUUUCGCGGUCCUUCUUUUUUCGAACGUUGCUACGACGUGUCUCUAGACCAGGCCAAUAAACUCCUAAAUUGUGGUUACUACGUUUUGAGCACUUAUGGCCGCCUGUGUCCUGUGGAGAGUUACAAGGGAGAAAAUCCUCUCCAUUGCUACAUCGCAAGUCAACAAAAAAACGAGCUGUAUCCUGUGAUCCACCGCCAGUACAUUUAUUUCGUGUCUGGUGAAAAAAACCGCGACAAGUUUUUCAAAAACCCUCUCAAAUACACAACUAGGAAAAAAAACACCGAGUUUGCUCUAAUCCCAGCUCGUGUCUCAAUAAUCGGGCCUCCAAAAUCUGGCAAGACUAGUCUAUCGUAUCGCUUCCAACGCGAUCUAGGUUUCCGUGUUGUAACACUUGGCGAAUCAGUUCGUUACGUUUUGUCGCAUCCUUUAUUCACGAAUUUGCGCCACGAUUUGGAGAAGGUUUUGCGCAAAGGCCACGCGUUACCGUACGACCUUUUGGCCGAAUGUGUGAACGCGGCGAGUUUUUGCGGCGAGUGUGUCACUCAAGGCCUGGUUUUUGACGGUUUUCCAAAUUCCAUCACUGGAAUGACUCUUCUCACGCGCUUUGGUUUGGUACCACACCUGAUUUUCGACCUCCAAAUUAACAAGGAACGGGUGCUUGAGCUGGCGUCAAAUCCCUGUGGGAAGUACCCACAGUACAGCCAACGUUUCGUGCGACAUUUGUACAACGAGUGGGAAAAAUCGCAAGAGUUGUUUCGCAUUUGGUGCGAUCGGGAGUACCAGAAUAUUUACAAAGUUGCAGUUGAUCGGAGCAUUUGGGGGGUUUGGGAGCAGGCGAAAAUCGUGACUUUGUCGGUGAUGUUUGAGCGGAAGCACUACUACCAACACAUCAAAGCCGAUUGGCCUCUAAGACUUGCGAAUAUGUUGGUGACACCGUUUGAGUUUUUGGAACGGAGGAGUGGGUACAAAACGUUUUGUCCCGGUUGUUUGUUUUAUUUCCGUAAAUUGACAAAUGGGGGUGAUCCCCCUGAUCGUACCGGACUUGUCCAGUACUUGUCCCAUUUCUAUUGGUUGUGCCAGGAGCAUAUUGAGGAUUUUUUGAAAAAUCCCGACGUGUUCCUACCACCAAGCAACGUGUGUUUGCCGCAAGAGUUACCAACAGUUGUCCAAUUGUCAGGGCCUGUGAAGGCCGUCGAGGACGGUUAUUGUGUCGUUUGUUACCAGAGGAACUUCCCCAAGAAAGUACUAACUAGGGGUUCGCUUGAUUUAGCUGUGCAAUACCGGGAUAAGAUUUUUCUUUUCGAUGAAAAACCGUGUCUUCAGGAGUUUAUGGCCACGCCUGAGGCUCUUUGUUGCAUGACGAUUAAUUUCAAGGAGGAUAUUAAAGUUUCGUUGGAUUAUAAGGAUUUGCCAGUUUUGGGAAUGUUGGAGCAGUUUGUGGCUAGAACAGUAGUUAGGGCUUGUAACCAUGCUAAUUUUCAUAGACCGGUCAUUCCGGGUUUGAGUAUUUCUCAAGCUGCGCUCAUUUGUAUUGGUUUGAAUAUGAAAAUUCAUAAUUUGGCGACUAAACAUAAGGAGAAGUAUGUCAAAGCGCUUGAGGUUUUUCACGAGAGGAGGACGAAUCUGAUCAAGUUUUUGGAUUUGAUGAAAAAGUAUAGAAAUCCGGCUGUUUUUUACACGGAACCGGAUACUCCCUCGUCGACUGAUGCCGAUAGUGAUGAAGUUGUGGACGAAAUCCAACCUUUGACGAAGGUUUACUCCUCGGGUGUAUCACGUCGGGUGCCAGUGCCUGACGACCGUUUCGAUUACCUCUGCGACUACUUCAAGCCUGCGAGUAAAGUGCCAGCGUUUUUGAACAUUGUGGAUAUCGCCGGAUUGGUCAAAGGGGCCUCCGAAGGACAGGGAUUGGGCAAUGCGUUCUUGAGUCACAUCAGUGCGUGCGAUGCCAUUUUUCACUUGUGUCGGGCGUUUGAGGAUGACGAUGUCACUCAUGUCGAAGGUGAGGUUAAUCCCGUCAGGGAUUUGGAUAUUAUAGCCGAAGAGUUGAGACUGAAGGACGAGGACACGCUUUUGAAGAAUAUGGAAAAGUUGGAAAGGACCGUUCUGAGAGGCGGGGACAAGAAAUUGAAGCCGGAAUAUGAUACUCUAGUUAAGAUACAAGGGGUGCUCUGUGGAGAGAAGAAACAUAUACGGUUCGGCGAUUGGGAUGCUAAAGAUAUCGAGGUGUUGAACAAGUAUUUGUUCCUGACUUCGAAGCCGACGAUAUACCUGGUGAACCUGUCCGAGAAGGACUACAUCAAGAAAAAGAACAAAUGGUUGAUAAAGAUCAAGGAAUGGGUUGACAAAAACGAUCCCGGCUCGCUAAUUAUCCCAUUUUCUGGUGCUUUCGAGCACAAACUCGUCGAAGAAUAUCCCGAAGCUGCAGAGAGAAAGAAAUACUUGGAGGAAUUGAAUACAACCAGCGCUUUGGAUAAAAUCAUCGUUCAAGGCUACAAAGCCCUCCAAUUGGAGUACUUCUUCACGGCAGGUCCUGACGAAGUCAAAGCUUGGACGAUUCAGAAAGGUACAAAAGCGCCACAGGCUGCAGGUCGCAUUCAUACCGACUUUGAGAAAGGCUUCAUCAUGGCUGAAGUGAUGAAAUUCAGCGAUUUCAAGGAAGAGGGCUCUGAAGCCGCCUGCAAAGCAGCAGGAAAGUACCGACAACAAGGACGGAAUUAUGUGGUAGAGGACGGAGACAUAAUCUUCUUUAAAUUCAAUGCCGGGGCUGGGCUCAAGGAUGCGAAGAAAAAAUGAUUAACAAUGACUGUGACCGUCUGUGUCAUGGUUUAUUUAUAUGUCAACAUGAUUUUUUUCUACUCCAGCUUGAAUUGCUAACGUGAAAAAAAUACAAUAAAAAUAAGAGUC